AUGCUAUCGAACAGAACACCCGUCGCAGACCAGGAAGCAGCACGCCCUCCUGGUCCAGGCUGUUCCUUCUCCCGAGCUAAGGUCAGCGGGUGCUGGCUCUCCACAGGUCAGGAGGGCGGAGACAAGCCCCCGGCUGCCAGGCUAGAGGAGGAGGAACCCCUGCAGAGUUCAGCCCCCCACACUCGGGAAGCCCCAAGUGAGGACGUGCCCCUCUCCUGUGCUGCUCCCGGGGAGAAGCAGCCAUCAAAGGCCCCUGGAGAAGUAGCUGGGGCCGGUGCUGGGAGAGCCUGCCAGCGCCAGGGCUCAGGGGCUCUCCGCAAAGACAGAGCCCUGGGCCCGCCUAGACCCCAGCCUCAGGGGGAAGGGCAUCCUCUCCCGGUGCGAGAGGGGAAGCUGGGGAAGAGGCCCUACUCUCCAGUCCCCGGUAAGCAGAAAAAGCCUAACGCUGUGGGUCUGGACUCCACGGCAUCUCCCAGUGUCGCUAACCCAGCCCGGGCCACGUACAACCCAGUGCCUUGUGGGUCAGGCCGGGGCUCCUGCCAUCUGGCCAACCUCCUCAGCACGUUGGCCCAGAACAGCCAAAACACAGACCAGAAGAAGUCCCCGGAUGUGACCUGCCAAGGCCGGAAAAAGACGCGGACUCUAUACCGCUCGGACCAGCUGGAGGAGCUAGAAAAGCUCUUCCAAGAAGACCACUAUCCGGACAGCGAUAAGCGCCGGGAGAUUGCCCAGACGGUGGGAGUCACCCCCCAGCGCAUCAUGGUGUGGUUCCAGAACCGCCGGGCAAAGUGGCGAAAAGUGGAGAAAAUGACCGGGAAGGAGAGUACGGACGCUGCUGCUGGCCCUGCCCUCAGCCCCACCAGCAACCAGUGCAGGCAAGCCUUUCUCCUCUUCCGGGCCCAUCCCCGUGGGCAGGAAUUGGGGGCUAAGCUGGGAUCCUGGAGGGAUUUUGACUGCAUGAGGUUGGGAAGUUGCCCAGUGCCUUGUAGGAGGCGCAGUUUGGAAAUCUGGGUCCCUUUCCCUACACUGAAGCCCCAGUCUGAAUCCAGGGACUGCCCGAGCUACAGUCUUCGCUCGUCUCCCUCUAGCUCUGCAGCCGGACCGCCACCUGCUGUGCCCGUGGACCGGGAGCCUGGGACCUUCGCUCAGGAGUCCCCGCUGGAUCCCCUUCCAGAGCCCCCCAUGCUGCUGACAUCUGACCAGACUCUGGCCCCGACCCAACAGAGUGAGGGUGCCCAGAGGGUGGACGUGACCCCACCACUCUUCAGCCCUCCACCUGUCCGAAGAGCCAACCUUCCUUUCCCCCUCGGCGCCGUGCACACCUCCCAGCUGAUGUCUUUGCUGCUGGAUACCCCAGGCAACGAGAGCAGCCGCAAGGAUGGCCCUUGUGGGUCGUGGGGGACAAGCGUCACGCCACCCCCCGCCUGCUCGUACUUGGAGGAGCUGGAACCCCAGGAAUAUCAACCCAGCAGCCAGCCAGGACCGUUCCAGUUCUCCCAGGCUCCACAGAGCCAGCUUUUCCAACACCCCCAGCCCCAGUUUCCAUACCUGCACCCCUUCCCCUUCCACAUGCCCAGCUCCCUGACCCCUCCACUGCUGGAAGACUCCCUGUCUGCAUUGUCCUAUGGCCCCAGCGGGGGCACAUCCCAGGGCUACUUCCCGGGCCCUCCAUCAGGGCAGAUCCUGCUGCAGCCACCCGCUGGGAACAUGGGUACAGUCCCCUGGAAUGACCCCUGCUUGCCAGACCUGCCCUUCCCCAGUUCCUUCUGUCCACCAGCUCUGGGGGGCCCCCCGGGAGGGGACGGCUACUUCCUGGAUCUGUUUGCAGCCCCUUGUGCUCAGGCUUCGAGCAGGCAGUCUUCUCCAGGCCUCACCCGGCUUCCUGAAGGGACCAGGCCCGGUGCGGAGCCCCUACUCAGCAAGGCCCAAGAGGAGCUGCCCACCGCCGCUGUGGAGCUGCCCUCAGCCCCCGAGGAGGGCCGAGAGGAAGACCAGACCGGCCAUGGCCCCUAGUGCUGGGGCCGUGGAGUGAAGAGGCCCCCCCUGCUGGGGAGGGUUGGGACGCCCCAGAGUAGACGGCGGGUGAAGUGUUAGGAAAGACUGGAGUCUAUGGAUGGGGGUGGAAGUAGGGCAUUUCCCCCUUUGUGGACUCAUCUUUCCGGACACUGAUUUGGGAAGGAAGAGGCCUGGCCCUGCCCUUUUCCCCACACCUCUGGAUGGUGGCCCUGAAGAAAGGGUGGCCUGUGUCACCUCCGAAGUUUGUAUCCGUUUGUUUUCUUGCCUCGCUACGCAGAUGAGCCACAGUGUCCACUGUAAGCAGUAAACUCGUCUACCCUUGGGUUUCUCUCUGUAAUGACGCGUCUCCCCGCUCACGCCAGUGAAGAGCGCUGUGCCCGUCACUGCUUUCCACUCAGCUGACCAGCUGUGUCCCGGGCGGCCCGCGUGAGGUCCCCCCCAUGGGGCAGGAUCCCGUGGAGGCUGGCAUCCUCCCGUCUCCUGCUGGGGGAGGAAUUGGGCCUCUUGGACGGCGUCUUUGCUCCUGCCAUGAAACCACGUUCUAGCCCCAAACCCAGAACUGAGCCUGAGCACACCUGCGCCCCGGCCCUUCUCUGGAAUUAGGGCCCUGCAGGGAUAGGAUUACCGAGAGAAGCCCCAGGCUAUUUAGGUUAAGCCUCUAGAAUUGUGAACCAUGACUGAUAUUUCCAGUGGUCUUUUUUUCCUGGAGUGGGGGGGGCGGGGGAGGGAAUGAGGGGCCAUGGCUGGUCUGGUCUUCCUCUCGGACCACCUCACCGUGCAUUUGACGAGUGUACAUCGGGUGCCAUCCUGGACCUCCAAUCCUACGAUCAUUGGAAAAUACACACUUUUUUUUUUAAAACAUGUAUUACAAGCAAUUAUUAACUUAAAUCCAUCGUACUAGUUCUAGCGUCAUGGCUCAUGAGAACUGAAAAGGAAAAGUAUUUAGAAAUGGAGAGGAAGUGUCUUAGCUACACAAACGCCUGUCCGGGUAUCUGUGUAGGGUUUUAAAGACCAGCAGUAUUUAGUAGCUUUGCACUAGUGUUCUACAGACACACACGGAUCCUAGUAGCCUUAAUUUAGGGAUUGCAACAUGUACGCUGAAAUAGUGUCUUAUAUUGUGAUGUAGCUAGGUCUUUUAAGAUAUACGUCUCUUUUUUGUUUUCACAUUUUGUCUCAUGACG